GCACCGAGUCCUUCAUCAUGUCGGAUGGGGAUUAUGAUUACCUCAUCAAGUUUUUGGCCUUGGGAGACUCUGGAGUGGGGAAGACCAGCGUCCUUUACCAGUAUACGGAUGGGAAAUUCAACUCCAAAUUCAUCACCACAGUGGGCAUUGAUUUCAGGGAAAAGAGAGUGGUGUACAGAGCUAAUGGACCGGAUGGAGCUGUGGGCCGAGGCCAGAGAAUCCACCUGCAGCUAUGGGACACGGCGGGCCAGGAGAGGUUCCGUAGUUUGACUACGGCGUUCUUCAGGGAUGCUAUGGGUUUCCUGCUACUGUUCGACCUGACCAAUGAGCAAAGUUUCCUCAAUGUUCGAAACUGGAUAAGCCAGCUACAAAUGCAUGCGUACUGUGAGAACCCAGAUAUAGUGCUCUGUGGGAAUAAGAGUGACCUGGAGGACCAGAGGGCAGUGAAAGAGGAGGCGGCCAGGGAACUCGCAGAGAAGUAUGGAAUCCCCUAUUUUGAAACUAGUGCUGCCACCGGGACGAACAUCAGCCAAGCCAUUGAGAUGCUCCUGGACCUGAUAAUGAAGCGGAUGGAGCGGUGUGUGGACAAGUCCUGGAUUCCAGAAGGCGUGGUGCGGUCCAAUGGCCACACCUCUGCAGAUCAGCUGAGUGAGGAGAAGGAGAAAGGGAUCUGCGGCUGUUGAGACACUAGGUGAGCAUCGCAGCCCCUGCCUGUGAGCUGUUCCAGAGAGAUCCAGCCAGCAAGCCGAGAUGAAGAAGGACACCACACCAAACGCCAGCUGCUUCUCCUGUCUCCAGUGGACGUUAACUCAGCAUCCAUUUCUAAGCUGUUGCAGCUUUUUAUAUCCAAAUUGGGAGAACUAUUUCACAGAGCCAAACGUGCCUUGAAAGCCUAAGCUCACCAUGGCAGGUCAUUCAGGUAUUCAAGAGUUUGCAGCCAUGAAAGGUUGCGUCUUUUAUGUAAAGUGCUGAUGAUGGUACUGUCCUGUGCCAUCCAAUGAGACCUGGGGUCUGACUAGAGUCCCCCUAAAGACAUUAGAAUCUUUGAGCAAUGAAAGGCUAUCAUGGUCUUGAGAAUCCAGAUUUAAAAAUCCAUACCACAGUUGACCUUCUAGAACAUCACUCACCAACACUUGAAUGUUAAUAUGUACACAUUGGAUCAGUGUCUUUCGGCAUCACCUUUAAUGUCGGCCUUCCCUUGGACGUUACGUUAAAAUUGCAGCCAUGUCUAUAGACUGGUUAUGCUGGGUUGACUGUGGGUUUGGUGGUGGGGGAGGGUUUGUAGGGCAGGGGUGGGUGAAGAGGUAAAAGCUAGUGAAGUCAGAUUUUCUGGCUCUGGGCUUCAGGGUCAUGGAGACCCAGGUGUUUAUUAAUGGUCUGUGGGUUCGGCCCACAUCUGAGCACAGCUGGGGCUUCUGCUGAAUGCAUGGUGAGAAAAGACUUCUCUUACUUCUCUUCAUAUUUAUGUUUUGUCUGGCACCUUCGGGCUGCCAUUCCUAUGUAGACUUCUGAGUGUCUGACUUUACCAUCGGGCUGGGUGUCUGCCAUUGCUGCCUCCCUGUUCAUCUUCUCUCCCAUUAGUGUAACUGAAGGACUCUCUCUUUAAUUAAACCACAAGUUUAUUUGCCGUCUGGAGGGAGAUGGGUGUUUGUAUUUAGUCAGUCACUUGUGUGUGCUGGUUUAAGUCAGGUGUCGCGCAGCCUGUGCUUUCUCUCACUGGGAAGGUGGGCAUUCAUGUACUCGUCCUAUCUUGCCAGAUCAUGUGCUGUGUUCUAUCGCCUCACUGUCUGUCUUCAUGCCCAAAGAGGGUUGUUUAAAAUGUUCUUCAUAGACUCUUCAGACCCAAGGGAUCUCAUUCACAGCAAAAGGCUUUUAAAGUGGCUUAGAGAAAGUAAGCCAGAAUUUCCAAAGAACUUCACCAAGGAAAAAAUAUCACCAAUUAUAAUUUUAAAAAGUAAAAACUGUGGGUUUUUGGCUUUUUCUUAACAGUAAAUGCUUGGCAGAACUUGUAAUACUUGUAAUUACUAAGAGAAAUAUAAAGGAAAAUAAGUAGUUUGCAUAGUAGUUUUCAAGUGGCCUUUAUUGUUGUUUGUUUGAGACAGGGUCUCACUAUGUAGCCCUGGCUGUC